CCACCGGGCUGCUAACUUCCACGGCUCCGCAGUUGACAGGGAACGCGGCGCAGCUUGGCGGGCGGAUGGGGCUUCCUACCCCGCGCUGACUUCGUUUCAUGUCUUCAGACUGGUUUAAAAGGCGCUUCUUGAGCAGCCGGAGCGCUGCAGGGCGAGGGCAAGAGGCAGCUCAGGAGCCGCAAUGGCAGGAGCGCGAAGGAAGGCAGCUCCUGCCACUGCCGUACAGGCGGCCCAAGUUCUUGCGUGGAGUUUCUUGCAGUGAGGAGAGGCAAUCCGGCAAGAGACCCGUCCGCUGUCCGCCUCGAGACAGGCCUCUCCAGUGGAACACGGGCUAUGCUGAAGUUAUCAAUGCACAAAAAUCAGAAUUCAAUGAAGACCAAGCAACAUGCUGUCAGAUUUCCAUUAGGAAGAAGGACUAUGGCAAAGAGGAUGAUCAAGAAUGGCUGAUUCUGUGCUCUACUGAGUAUCUGACUGGCUAUUACUGGGCACUAUUUGAUGGACAUGGUGGCCCAGAAGCAGCAAUUAUGGCUUCCAACUACCUGCACUAUUGCAUCAAGCAGAAACUAGAGGAUGUGGUAAGAAGCAUUACUGAAGACUGUCCCCCAAUGCACCUCAAUGGACAGUGCGUUUGCCAAAGUGACCCACAGUUUGUAGAAGAAAAGCAAAUCCGGCAGGAAGAUAUUGUCAUUGGAGCACUAGAGAAAGCCUUUCAGGAAUGUGAUGAGGUAAUUGGUCAGGAGAUGGAAGCUUCCAACCAAUCAGGAGGCUGCACAGCUCUAGCUGCGCUUUAUCUUCAGGGAAAGCUCUAUGUGGCAAAUGCAGGUGACAGCAGGGCACUCCUUGUUAGAAAACAAAGCAUCAUUCCUUUAAGUACCGAAUUCACCCCUGAGACAGAAAGGCAAAGAAUCCAGCACCUGGCUUUUAUUUACCCAAAGCUAUUAGCUGACGAGUUCACCCGGUUUGAGUUUCCAAGGCGAUUGAAAGGAGAUGAUGUGGGUCAAAAAGUCUUGUACCGGGAUUACUCGAUGCAGGGCUGGGGAUACAAGACAGUAGAGAAAGAUGACCUUAAGUACCCUCUUAUCCAUGGACAUGGAAAACAGGCUCGGUUACUUGGCACUCUGGCUGUGUCACGAGGCCUGGGAGAUCAUCAGUUGAAAGUAAUUGAAACAGUUGUUGAAGUGAAGCCUUUCCUCUCCUGUCUUCCCAAGGUGGAAAUUUUUGACUUGAUGGUACAAAAUAUUAAGGAAGAUGAUGUCCUCAUUAUGGCAACUGAUGGACUUUGGGAUGUUCUGUCCAAUGAAGAUGUGGCCCAAGUGGUCAGGCGCUUUCUUGAAGAAAACAAAACUGACCCAUACAGGUUUUCAGAACUGGCCAAGUGUUUGGUAUGGAAAGCAAGGGGAAGGAAGGAUGGAUACUAUUGGACUCUGGCUAACAACACCCCUGCUUCCUAUGAUGAUAUUUCUGUGUUUGUAAUUCCAUUGCAUAACAAGGAUGAAAAACUAGGAUUGUGUUUCUAAGCAAAAACGACUCCACUGCAUUUUGGACAAUAUUGCUGUUGCUGUCAUGGAAUCCACAGGUACAUAGCUCCUUGGAAGAAGUUCAGUCAAUAAGGGCAGAAUGGGGAAGUUUCAUACGCCGUCACUCAUGACAGCUGCCAAUUUCCAUUACAUAUUUUUUUUUCUAAUAAAAGGAUGUAUUUGA